AUGAAUCCAUAUAUGAGCUGGGCCAUCCUGCUCCUUACUGCAGGUGGACUGGGCUACUACUACAAGAAUGGCUCAACCCCCAAGUCACGGCCUGCCUUCCUAAAGCCGACUGAGAGGCAAGAGAGCACGCCGGCAGGGAGCAAGAAGGAAAAGGCUAAGCAGCGCAACAAGCAACGCAAGAGCCCGCAGCCGGAAAGCAACAGCAGCAGAAACAACUCCAGCGAGGCUAGCAAUGGAGUCAACACACCAGCAGCGGUUCCAGAAACCAAAACGGUGCAGCGAGCUGCCGUCAAAGCCGAGGAGCCGGUAUCGACCGGCAUUGGAGGCAUGGACGACAACUACGAAUUUGCCAAACAGUUCUCCAAAGCAAGAAACGGCACUCCUCUGGCUGCUAAGGCGAAGCCUGGUGCCGGUACGAAAAUAAAGAAGCAGCAGCAGGCUAAGCAGCAGAAGCCUCAGCAACAAGAACAGCAAGCACUGACUAACGGAGACUCCCACGCCAACCACGUCUCUACCGCUGCUUCAUCUACCACUGGCGCAGAUGCAGACGACGACAUGUCACCGAUCAACUCUCCCCGCGUCAAGCCUGCCGGCGAUGUCACCGACAUGCUCGAGGAGCCUGCUCCCGCCGCAUCCGUCCUCCGCCUGACCGGUGACCUGGAAGAUGCCCAGAACGGCAAGAAGAAGAAACAGCAAAACUCCUUCAAGUCUGUAGAGACUAAGAAGCAGCGCCAGGCCCGCCGUAAGCGCGAAGAGAAGAACGAGAUGGUCAAGCAGGCGGAGAAGGCCAGGCGUGCAAUGGUCGAGAACCAGAUGCACACGGCCCGGGAAUACGAGAGACAGCAGGCCAAAUCAACGGCAUCGUCACCACCCGCAAACGCAUGGAAGCCUGUCCCUGCCCUUUCACCAGCCACCAAUGGCAACACCAACGGCAACGGCACCUCCACUAAGCAGCCGUCUGUCAUGCCAUUACUUGACACCUUUGAGCCGACCCCUGCACAACCCACGCCUACACAGACCGGCAGCGGAAAGAAGCCGUGGAUCAAAGAUCUACCUUCGGAAGAAGAGCAGAUGAGAAUGCUCAACACUCGAAGCAGUGAGAACGAAUGGACCACCGUUUCCAACCGCAAGAAGGAGAAGCGCAGCAAGGGCACGACCGAGUCCAUGAGCGAAGCCAGCAGCUCAGAGGUCCAGGCCAACCCCAUCGAGACCUCCUGGUAA